GACUCAGGAAUCGAUGAUUGGCUAACUGACAUGUGAAAGCACGAACUUUCACAUUGUCAGCUUGUUAUUGAACAUAAAGUUGUUACUUUUACCCAAUUUGUCGUCAACAACUGCAACCUAGGUUAUAUUAUGGCCUUGAACCUAGAUAACAUAUUGAUGUUCCUGGUUGAUAUUACAGUCAAGAUACCUAUAAGAAACCUAUAAGAUACCUAUAAGAUUACAGUUGGAAUUCAAUUGAACUUUAAGUCUUGCAAGACUCUGACAAGACCUGGUGCGGCCACUCGGAGGACGCCAUGAAGCCGCAGGAGCGUCUUGCCGAGAAGACGUUCGUCUCGGAGACAGAGCGGACCUUUCAGCACGACGACCACCUGCCCAGCCUGCCGAUACCCAACCUGCGCCAGACGCUAGACAAGUACCUCCAGUCAGUGUACCCGGUGGCCAGCAGUCGCGAGUAUGAGAACACGCGCCGCAUCGUGGAACAGUUCGAGAAGGGAAUCGGUCGUCAGCUGCACGACCAGCUGCUCGAGAGGAACAAACACACACGGAACUGGCUGCAACACUGGUGGCUGGACUACGCGUACCUGUAUCAGCGGGAGCCCAUCGCGCCAUCGCUGGCGUUCGCCGGACCCUUCACGCUCUCCGAGACGCUGUGGCCUCCCGGAGAGGGCACACAAUGUCAGUACCUGGCGCGGUACUUGUACGGCGUCGCCUCGUUCUGGUGUCUGCUGCGCCGGGAGCGACUGGCCCCGCACCGCUCACGGGACGGCACGGCGCUGAGCAUGCACCAAUGGCGCCGACUGCUGAGCACCACCCGCCUGCCGGGCGAGCACAAGGACGCCAUCCGGGCCAUGUUUCAGACCGAGUCUGAGGGCUGCACCCCGACCCACCUGGUAAUUCUCUGUAACGGCCGACUGUACACCUCUCCCCUGCUGGAGCCGGAGACGGAGCGUCCGCUCACCAUUGAGGAGUAUCAGACGAUCCUGGAGCGUGUGAAGGAGAUGGCCGCCGCCGAGCCGGGGCCCGGACUGGCCGCCCUCACCAUGGACAACAGGACCAGAUGGGCGGAGAAUCGCGAGUACCUGCGCAGUCUGAGCCCGGAGAACGCUGCCUCCCUGGAGGUGGUCGAGUCGGCCGUCUGCCACGCCUCUCUCGAGUCGGUACCGGGUCUGAACCGAGACCGCACGCUCCGUCUGAACCUCUGCGGCGACGGAUCCAGUCGCUGGGCCGACAAGAGUCUGACCGCGGUGGCCUACACGGACGGCUAUGGCGGAAACUACUGUGAUCACUCUCCGAUGGACGCCAUGACGCUGGUCACCCAGGGCUGGUUCAGUCACCUGCAGGAGCUCGACUUUAACCGCUACGGACGGCUGGUGGCGCCCGUCCGCGAGCACCUCUGUCAGCCGCGCGAGCUGCGCUUCACCGUGGACGAGCGCAUCAGGAGGGACAUUCUGGUGGCGCGGGACAUCAGCCGGCCGCUGCUGAACGACGUGAUUAUCAUCAGUCGUCGGUACGGCCGGUACGGGAAGCUGUGGAUCCAGACGGAGGGAUUCCACCCGGACGCCUUUAUACAGAUGGCGCUGCAGCUGGCCUACUGGAGUCUGCACGGACGCGCGGCACCGACCUACGAGACGGCUGCCACCCGCCGCUUCUACAAGGCGCGCACAGAGACGGUCCGCUCCUGUACGCCCGAGGCGCUGGCCUGGUGCCGGGCCAUGACCUCCGACUCGGCUGUGGCGGCGGACCGUCGUCGUCUGCUGCGUGCCGCCGUGGACCGGCACGCCGACCUGGCUAAGCAGGCCUCGGACGGACACGACUGUGACAGACACCUGAUGGGGCUGCAGAUUCUGGCCGGGGAGGCCGGCCUGCCCACGCCGGACAUCUUCACAGACCCCAUGUGGAAGAAGAGCGGCGGCAGCGGCAACUUUGUGCUCUCAACCAGCACCACUGGCUACACGCCGUGUUUCGGUGUGACGGCCGCCAUGGUACGGGACGGCUACGGCUGCUUCUACUCGAUCGAGCCGGACCGGCUCAACAUCAACAUCUCGGGCUUCGUGAGCAGCCAGGAGUGCGACGUCAACAAGUUCUACGACUCGGUGGCCUCCAGCCUGGACGGCAUGCAGCAGCUGAUGCUGUCCCGCAGUAACCUCUGAGGUCCUCCCGGGACGCUCAACGUCAGUGCACAACGCCGAGGUGGGAGAACCGAGCUGAACAGUUGUCCGACUUGCCUGGACGUGGAAAGUGCCCAAUGUCUACCGGAGACGCUGGCGGAAAUAGGUAGAUAUGCGAGGAUCGAUCACGGUUUACAGGGUUGUGGACGGAGUUUUAUGCGGAUGCCGAUACCCGCAACAAUCGGAAUGUCAGCUAAUGAAUGACUUGAAUGUCAUGUUUCAGAGCUCGAUAAACAAUGCAAGAUUGUAGAUGACUUGACUCAUUUGUGUUCAUAUUAUGCUCUGUUUGUAUUAGAAUAUUGAACUUGUUCUUAGCAAAAUGCUGUUCAUCCGGGACUUUUAGUUAAUUGCCUGUGUACUUGAGUUUAUUCUUUUUCGUCGCGUAUCGCUGUAUAGGUUCUUCGUUCUGGCUUAGCGCUUCAAUCUUGACCCGAGGCAUGUUUAUCAACACGUUUUAACAAAGAGGUUUUAACCGUUGGACAGCAGCCUUAGGUGUUGGAU